AUGACAGCAUAUUCAGGCUCUCCUUCGAAACCAGGCAAUAAUAAUUCUUAUCUAAAUCGUUAUGUUGAAAACCUAGGCACCAAUGUGACUCCACCUCUGAGACCGCAGUCAAGUUCCAAAAUCAACUCUUCGUUAAACAUAGCGUCGCCAAGUCAUUUAAAGACUAAGACGUCAGCUAGCAACAGUUCUGCGACAAUUUUGUCAAAAAAAGUAGAAAGUUCCGUAUCAAAGCUGAAGCCAUCCCUUCCUAACAAACUCGUAGGAAAAUAUACCGUAGACUUAAGUAAUUAUUCGAAAAUAGAACUGAGGUACUAUGAGUUUUUAUGCAGAGUAUCAGAAGUCAAAAUAUGGAUUGAAGCUGUUAUUGAGGAAGCACUACCAUCAGAAAUAGAGUUAUGUGUUGGAGACUCACUUAGGAAUGGUGUUUUUUUGGCCAAGCUAACCCAGAGGAUAAAUCCAGAUUUGACAACGGUUAUAUUUCCUGCAGGUGAUAAACUACAAUUUAAACACACUCAGAACAUUAAUGCCUUUUUUGGUUUGGUAGAACAUGUCGGUGUUCCGGACUCUUUUAGAUUUGAAUUGCAAGAUCUCUAUAACAAGAAGAAUAUCCCUCAGGUUUUCGAAACCCUGCAUAUUCUUAUAUCAAUGAUUAAUAAGAAAUGGCCAGGCAAAACGCCCGCUUUAACAAAUGUAUCGGGCCAAAUAAGUUUUACCAAAGAAGAAAUCGCAGCUUGUAAAAAAGCAUGGCCUAGAAUUAGAGACUUCAAGUCCUUAGGAACUAAUAUCAAUACUGCACCAGCUUCCCCUGAGGAACCAAAAGAAAAAAGAAGCGGAUUGAUAAAAGACUUUAAUAAAUUUGAAAGGCCGAAUAUACCGGUGGAAGAAAUUUUAAUUACCCCAAGAAAGAAUAUAACAGAUGCUAAUUGCUCCGAUUUUUCUAAUACACCUUCACCUUAUAAUGAAGCUCCAAAAAUGUCAAAUUUGGAUGUCGUUGUUGAGAAGAGGAAAUUCACACCCAUUGAGCCGAGUCUUCUGGGCCCUACACCAUCUUUAGAAUAUAGCCCAAUAAAAAACAAAAGUCUGUCGUACUAUUCUCCUACCAUCUCGAAAUACUUGACAUAUGAUACAGAAUUUUAUACGAGAAGGAGUCGUGCAAGAGAGGAAGAUUUGAAUUAUUACCAGACGUUCAAAUACUCACCUUCUCAUUAUUCUCCCAUGAGAAGAGAAAGGAUGACAGAGGAACAAUUUUUAGAGAAGGUAGUUCAACUGCAAAAUAUUUGUCGAGGAGUUAAUACCCGUUUUAACCUAUACAUUCAAAAAAGGUUACUGAACCUUUUUGAACAGGACAUACUAAGGUUUCAAGCAUGCCUAAGAGGAAAUAAAUUUAGAGUAUUGUCAUCAAUGUAUUUGCCAAUAAGAAGAGCAAAGAUUGACGUUCCUCAUGUCGAGGCGAUUCAAUCGCGAAUUAAGGGAAGCAGAAUUCGAUAUAAAUACGAUAAAUUGAAAUUUACACUCUCAAGGUUUUCGUGUACUGUCGAACUUUUGCAAGCAUAUUGUCGUUCAAAAUUGUUGAAGACAACCGUUAACACAAAAUUAAAUGAUAUUGAGAUAUCACAUUAUCCUCUGACAAAAUUGCAGUCUUAUAUGCGUGCUUCUUAUGUGAGAAAGAAGGUGAUGUCCCUCAAUACAAAGUUGAACGAUGAGCGAGAAAGUAUUAUGAAGUUUUCGGCAAUCAUCAGAGGUAACGUUGUGAGGUGUUCAGAGGACGCGAUAUUAAGUGCUGUACAUGAUGUACAUAAGGAAAAUAUCUCAAAAUUGCAAAGCUUGAUUAGAGGAAUAUUUACGCGUUCGUGCCUAGCAUCAAUAAUAUAUUCACUUGGAAAAGAAAACUGUAAUAUUAUUCAAUUAUCAGCCUGUAUACGCGGAAACGCUGUAAGACAUAAGGUACAGUCACUGUUUGCGCCCGAAAAUAAUCUCAGUGAAACUGUGCACGACCUCCAGGGUUUGGUUAGAGGUAUUCUAGUCCGCUACACAUUAGACUUAGUCGAUGACAUUGUGGAGUAUAAUAAUUUAGCAUUAUUUCAAGCAUUUUCUAGAGGCGCUUUAGUACGUGAAAGCUUGGACCAAAAGUCGAGUUUUUACAAGAGAAACGUAAGGUCGGUUAUUAUGAUUCAAAGCUGGAUUAGGAAAAGUCUGCAAAGAUCGGCAUAUUUGGAACUUCUAGACUGUCCAAAUCCAAGUCUUUGGGCUGUCAAAAAAUUCGUUCAUUUGCUCAAUGGAACAGCAACCAUUGAAGAGGUCCAAAACCAGUUGGAGAGUUGCCAAGCCUCUCUUGAUUCCGAAAAUAUGAAGAAGGAACGAUUACUGAAGAGCAUAAGACAACAACUAAAUAUUAACGGAGUAUUGGAUAAGUUUGGACUAUUAAAAGAUAAAGAUCAUGAACUCGGUAUUUCCGAUUCUACGAUUCCGAAGUCUAAAUAUCAAAAGUAUGAAAAACUGUUCUAUAUGUUGCAAGUUGAUCCCUCUUAUUGGAAAUUGCUGUAUUUGAAAGAGCCAGAAUUUGUUGCAAAGAAUGUUUAUAUGACAUUUGGAACAGUGAAUCAAAGGAUGAACGACAGAGAGAGAUCCUAUUUCACAAGGUUUGUUUGUGAAAUGUUACAAAAUGCGAUUAAUGAAGCACCGAGUAUUGAAAGCUUUCUUGACAACCGAUCACAAUUUUGGCAAACCAUUCUUCAAGAUUUUUUGAGAAGAGAGUCUCCAGAAUUCUUCUCUAUAAUAGUCCCAGUUUUGGAUUACUUGUCAGAUCCAGUAGUGGAUUUUGAAAGUGAUCCAUACAAAAUUUAUCAAGAAAUACACGGCUUUAGCUCUCCUCAGCAUUGUUCGCCUGUGGAUGAUGCGAGUACCAAGAAUAAGUUCAUUGACAAUUUAAGGUGCCUAUGGCACGCGAUUGAAAUGGUCGCUGAAAUUUAUACCAGAAAGGUUCACACUAUUCCCGUUGAAAUCAGGUACCUCUGCACUAAAAUCUUCUGCUACGCGGCAGAUAAGAAUAUUGAGGAGAUUGACUCUUUAAGGGCCAUAUCAAGUAUUCUAGUGAACGUUUUUGUGUCUGAAUAUUUGGUCAACCGGGAAUAUUACGGAUACAAAGACAGCAACGUUCAAAAAAAUAACCAAAAAAUUGACAUUCUAAUGAAAUCCUUGGCGACUGUUUUUGAAAUCAAAAAUUUUGAUGGCUUUUUGGAUCCAUUGAACCAGUACGCUAACGAAAUAAAGCCUCAUAUCAAAGAUGUCCUUUAUAAUGUGUUAGUAGAUCCAGAGUAUGAACAAGAGGGAGAUAGAUUGAUUUAUUUGGAUAUGGUAUCGCCAAGCCCCAAAUUGGAAUUGUUAACUGAAAAGGUUCUGGAAAUCAGUGGUAAAUUUGAAGAGUAUUUAAAUGAAUUUCCGGAAGCAGAUAUUUUGCAUGAUAUUUUGGAAAAGAACUUGGACAAUUCAUCCUUUCCAAGAUCAGGACGUGUUACCUUGGAAUUGGAUGCAUCUGCAUAUCGAUUCCUCGUUAGUGAUGACAAGAUGAGAAAAAUCUACGACCAAGUUAAAAGGGCAUUUGUGUACAUGAUGCAAAUUGAGGAUGUAGAUACCAAUUUGUAUGACCUUUCAAUUAGUACAAUUCUACCUCAAGAUGAACCAAAUUUUGCAAAUUUUCUGGAGCAAAAUCCUAAAAUCAGGGAUGAUCCAAUGAUACAGAAGCUGAAACCAUUGAAAUACUUCACACUCAAAAAUGUUACUUUGAAAAAAAUACAUGAACUAGAAAGUACGGGGACUUUUUGCUCUUCUGAUAAUAAGUUACAAAAUUUCUUAAACGAUAUUGCGAACACUAUUAAAAAUCCCAACUAUGCCAUUGAUUAUGUAACCCAGGAAAUUUACAUCACAAAGGAAACACUCACAAAAAUUUCGGAAAUGAACCACAGCUUAGAUAUAGAAUUAUCAAGGCUUAAAAAACAUGUUGAUCAUACGAUAAAAGACUUCCAGAAAGCCAAGGAUUUUUCGCCGGUGCACAAAAGUAAAUUUGGAAAUUUUAAGAAUGCAGUAAAAAAAGUUCAAGGAAGAGAACGUUCUGAAUUGCAGGGAAUGAAGUUUAAAUGGAACACAAAGCAGUUGUAUGAAAGAGGAGUGCUUAAAACCAUCAGGGGUGAAAAACUAGCUGAACUGACUGUAAAAGUCUUUGGUUCGAGCGGUCCUAAAUUCCCAGAUAUAAUAUUCAAAAUUUCCACAUCGGAUGGUUCUAGAUUCGGUAUUCAAAUGAUUGACAAAAGAAAAGGGCCCGAUAAACGAUACUCGGAUGAUGUCGAUUCUUUCUCAUUUAAAGACUUGAUAAAGACUCAAGUUGAACCAAAAAUCGAGACGUGGAAAUUAUUCCAUUCCAACGUUGUUGUUAACAAUAGCCAAUUACUACAUUUGAUUGUCAGUUUUUUCUAUAAAAGGAACGCUUUGUAA